AUGGUGCUGAUGCAUGAGGACUAUUACGAGGAGCAAAAGUUGAGGUGCACCAUUUCUGAAAUUGACUGUGGAGAUUCUGUGUGUGUUUCUGGUAACGGUCGGUGUGAUGGUUUGUCGGACUGCAUCGACGGAAGAGAUGAAACCAACUGCGCAAGGUGCGAGGGUCGUUGUUUCUUAGAUGGACCCAGGGGUGGAUGCUGGUGCGAUGAUGUGUGUGAAUCAGAGAGAGAUUGUUGCUCUGACUUUCUUGCCAAAUGCAAGACCUUCCUGAACUUCACUACUGCCCCACCAGCCGUCGACGAAUGCAAUCCAAUUUUACCGUCACAUAAUUGUGAUGUAAACGCAAUCUGUAGUGACACGCCGUCGAGCUUCAUAUGCACCUGCACUUCAGGAUUUGUAGGAGAUGGUAUAACUUGCGCAGAUGUGCAGUCUCCAAACAUCACUUGUCCCGCCGACCUGACAGUUUACACUAACUGUCGCAAGAACUAUUCAAGAGUCUUGCUACCCGAGGCAGAUUCUGUCUUCGACAACUCGGGUGUCUCCUACAUUACAAUUGAUGUAGAUGGCUCUGCCUACGACGCUUUUGACAGUGUCAACCUUGAUCUCUCGUCGUCACCGCAUUUAGUGCACUACAAUGCAACCGACGAAGCGUUUAAUUUUGCACAGUGUGAAAUGCACAUCACAGUUGCUGCGCUUCAAGAUGCAUCGUUCUGCACAUCAACUGCCAAUCCUCCAAACUGCAUCUGUCUGCCUGCCAUGGGACAAGGUUGCACUUGCUCGUCUGCUUACUGUGGACACGAUUGUUCUCAGUCGUCAGAGGGUGUUCAGUGCACCGGUCCGGCUAUACCGUUCCCAAACUGCACAGAUGUUGAUGUGUGCGAUCCAGGACACUCGGGUCCACGCUGUACCUCCAAUGACGACAAAGUUCAGUGUCCCGAGAUUGAGAACAAGUGUCUUGAAGGGGGAGUCUCUGAUGUUUUUGUCAGUUGGAUACUUUCUGAGGAAAUAAACCCUGCUGACAUCGACUGCAUUGAUUUCGCUGGGAACAAAUCCAAUGUGAAAGCUACAGGAGGAGUGUUUGGUACAGGACAUCACGAUGUGGUGUGCGUUUCAAAAACCGGUGCCUUUCCGGAUUGCCUCAUUUCUUUCAUCGUUUCAGCAUACCCAAUCCUCGCAGUACCAACAGUAGGUCAUCAGUGCACGGAUCCAGGCAUGGACACAUCUACAGUGACAUGGACCGAGGUUCAUGCCAUGGACGCUGGUGAAGUCUCCAUCGAUUGCACAGAUUCUGGUGAUGGCGUUGGUGUCGGUAUUACAGGAGGUGUAUUUGGAUUGGGAAAUCAUGCCAUCACCUGUAUUGUUACCAAUUCUGCUGGAUGUGUGACACACAAUGAGUUCACUUUCACCGUCAAUAAGGGAAACCUGCUACCCUUUGGCACAGCGAGUGGGGAUGCCCUACUGUCAGAUGUACCCCAGGAGCUGUUUCUGUCAAGUAAGGAUUUGAUAUCACCUACCAUCUACCCGCCGGAUUUCUUUCCUAUCUGUGAUGGAAUGUACGAGAAACUGUAUUUCACUGAUAAUGGUGUGAUUGUCUUUUCGAAUGAGCAAAGUCUCGACAAACUCGCAUUUCCAAGUGCACCAAGUAAUGGCUUCGCUGGCAACAAGGCAAUGAUAACUCCAUUUUGGGCCGAUGUCAAAGGCGAUGCUUUCAGCCCAACCAGUAAUGUUUUCUGGCAGGUUUACAAUCAGUAUGUUGAAAACGUCAACCAGGACAUGCUGGAUAUCAUCGGUGCUACCGUGUCAACAAAAUCCAGCAAUUUCUCAGCCAACUGGGCACUUGUUGUCACUUGGAGCAAUGUUCGAGCAAUUUCUUUUUCUUGUACUACGACUUUUUUGGAGACAAAUACAUUCCAAGCCGUGCUCGCGACGGAUGGCAUCCAUGGCUUUGUGAUAUUCAAUUACGAUCCUUGCGGCUUGAAUUGGGACUUCAGUUUUUUAUCGAACAAAAAUGUCAUCCAGGGCUUUACCUGCGGAACGUCCAAUGAUCCACCUGUCUACGUGGUCAACCCAAACGAAUCGGAGUACCUCCCCGGUACCAUCAAAGGAAAUACGGGUCAGGCAGGACGUUGGGUGUUUCCCCUCAACACACCAAGCCCGGACUUCGUCAAUCCCCGCCAACAGUGCCACAACUGGCACGGCCGCCAGCCACCUUACCAUUCACUUGGUAUCUAUUUUGAUGCCUUCGCUGACACGUGCCCCUGCAGCCUUGUCAAUGCCCGGUUGGACUGGCGAUACAUACAAGUCCCAGCCCAUGAUCUGCCUCAGGGACUACCUGCCGUUUGUUACGUGCGUCUCUUUCAAUUUCCUGGGACGCCAGGCCCUCAGUGUUGCUACAAUUUAUUCACCGGUGAUCUCCUGUAUAAUGUGAGGACUCCUAGGGUUUCUUCUGUCUUCGAGAGGUUCCCGUUCAGUCCAAUAUUCUAUACGGAUGAUUUGUACCAACAGUGGUUAGAUGAAGAGGUGUGGCCUCGCUUUUAUUGCUGUGAACGAUCAACGCUUUGCGAUCUGUACAUACAAUGGCGGCCUCUGAUGACUUGCUGGUCGUAUGUUCCUCCUGCCUGGUUGUGGUUUUGGGGAGACCCCCAUAUCGUUACGCUUGAUGGACUGGAGUACACCUUCAAUGGUCUGGGGGAAUACACACUAGCACUCAUCGAAGAUGACGAUGGACAACGAGUCUUUGAACUGCAAGGUCGCACACGACAGGUCGUGGAUACGGAGACAGGGGAACUUAGCCAGGCUACUAUCUACUCUGGAUUUGCUGCGGUGUACACAGGAGAAGCAAGGAUUGAGAUCAAGUUGAGUGAUGAUGCCAUGGAUUUGGUAACGACUGUCAAUGGGACCGUUGUAACACCCAGUGCUACAGGAUUGCACUUAGGAAAUCUUUUGGUAACGAGGGCGGAAAACCCAAUCAAAGUGAGCGUCAUGUAUUCAGAUUAUGUCAGCUUUUCUGUUGGGGUGAACAACAGUAUGGCCGACAUAACUGUCCUUAUCAACCAGGACUUCAAAGGCAAAACAAAAGGAAUUUUAGGUGUGUGGGAUGAUGACCCAAGCAAUGAUGUUUUGACGCGUUAUGGCACUCUGCAGACAGGCUCUGGAGAUGAUGGAGAACUGGUGGAGAGGGACUUCUUUGAAUUUGGCGAAACAUGGCGAAUCGCAGAGGAAGACUCUCUGUUCUUCUACCAGUCUCCUGAUGAAAGCUACAACUCAUUGAACGAUCCUGCUUUCGCUCCAGACUUCUUGCAAGAUUUGAUCGAUAAGGCACCGCCGGGAAAAUACAAAGAGGCUAAGGCGGUCUGCGGGUCAAGUAAAGUGUGUCUGUAUGAUUCCCUGGCUCUGAAUGACACAAGCAUCGGUGUGGCUACAUUAACACUCGACGAGAUGAACACCAUUAAUAUGGCAAUGUCAAUGAACUUCCCGCCAAAUCUGACGCUUGUGGAGACCGUUGAGGUUAUAGUAGGGCAGGACUUUACCUUGCAGUUACAAGCAGCUGAUCCAAAUGGAGAUAAUAUCACAUAUCAUUUGCUUCAGACAGUAAAAGGAGCUUCAAUUUCAUCUGAUGGUCUGUUCAAAUGGACUCCUGCAAAUAGGUCCAAGGUCUCGAUUGGUUUCCUAGCCACAGACGGUAUAGCAAAUGCAACACUUGAACCCACUGUGAAGCUUUGUGACUGUGAGAAUGACGGCACAUGCCUAUUUAAUCAGUAUGUUAGUGGAACCAAUCUCAUACAAGAUCGUUUCGGGGUGGUGCUGUGUGAGUGUCAGCCGGGCUGGACUGGAGACUUUUGCGAAAUGGAUUACGACGCCUGUGCUGAUAGCCCUUGUUUCAUAGGCGUGGCUUGUACUGAUGAGGCCCCGCCAUCGUUCAACAGCACCUGUGGACCUUGCCCUGAAGGACUUGAGGGAGACGGCAAGAGUUGCCAAGAUAUUGACGAGUGCCAGCUGUACAGAGACCAGCCAGCUAGCAGUGGUGGACUUGGCUGCGAUCAAAACUGUGAAAACGUCCUAAUGAACUACACGUGUAGCUGCAAUCCUGGAUAUUUACUUCACGAGGAUGGCAGGCAGUGCAUCGACUGCCAGGUUUUAAGCUGUCUGAAUGGAGGGACAUUUGAUGUUGAGUUUUGCGAGUGUGCCUGUCCACUUACACAUUCAGGAUCAACAUGUUCUGAUGAGAAUCCGUGUCUGUCUGGUAAUAGAUGCCCUGAUGCUCAACACUACUGUUUGCCAGACUCAAACCAAGAUGGCUUCACUUGCAUUUGCAAUGUUUUUGAUGGGUUUUUCUUGCAAGACGAUAGUUCGUGUAAAAAACUUCCAUCUAAACAGAUUGUGGUGACAGCUGAUUUGGAUUUCAAUCAGGCCUACAAAAACCCGACAUCAACUGCUUUCCGGAGACAAGCUGCUGUAUUUAAACGGGCGAUUUUCAUGAGACUGAAGGAGAAUCCAUCUACCAACGGUGUAUCUUCAGUUCACGUUCCGUGGAUGGAGGAAGGCAGCGUUGUCGUUAGGUCUAUGGCUUCAUUUGAAAAGGGUGCGCCGUCAGACGCCAGCCUGCAGCAAGUAUUUUCAAGCAGUCCAUCACUGAGCGACGGCGUUAAUGUCAUCAACUUCGACCGUGAUUCAGUCACUGUAAAUGAUGGGGAAAUAGACUGUGUACCGACCUACUGCAAGAAUGGUGGGACUUGUGAGGCGUCUGGAAACUUUCCUUACGUUUCGUAUACGUGCAGCUGUCAAACUUCAUAUACAGGGGAACGUUGUGAGACAGAUGUCCAAGAGCCCGAUAGUGGCGGUCUAUCCACCGUCACUGUUGUACUCAUCAUUGUUGGCUCCAUUGUGCUGCUUAUCGUUGUGGUGUGCAUGCUGGUCUGCAUGUGUCUCCUCAUUCAAAGGCAACAUGCCAAGUCGCUGGCUUAUCGUGAGGACAAACAGCGGUCUGGUGUCCCAAGAGACGGUGAUCGGAGCAUGGAGUCUGUUGAUGUCUCCUGCGGUGAUGAGGCGGCUAGGAUGAGUCGAUUGAUGCACGUGAUGAGCCAGUCUCGCUACAUGCAAGAGAGUGGGAUGCCCUGCUCGUGUCAGUUGGCUGUGAGCCCUGGGCAUUGUGUCGAGGGAUGCCCGCUGAGUGUCCUGCUCGCUCAGGUCAACCCAGCAGGUCGUGUGGUGCGCAAUCCCAUGGUCAACUAG